AUGUGUUGCAUUUUCACUUGCUGCGGAUGGGUGAUCGAUCUCUUUCAGAGGUUUUGGACGUUCACAAUGUCUUGCUUCAUCAGUUCUGCGGUGUGUUGUUCGUUCCUCGUCGCUUGCAUGUCUGGAGUCGCCCUCGGGUACAACUACUCGUUAGCGGAGUACAUCGACUUGAAAGAGACAAAUGUGACCGUUUACUUAAGGCGAGGUAUCUUCGACGACGAGAUAUCCGACGACAUGAUAUGGCGCCGCAGCGGUCACAUGCCUAUCGAUGGACACGUCAAAGAAGAUAAACUUAUAACGGGAGAGCCUGAUGAGCCAACGUCCAUGAGGUCCGGCAGAAGAUUGGACGACUCAAUAUUCGAAUCGAACGAUAAACAUAACUUCGAAGGAUCUCUGAUGAAGUUGAUGGCAAAACCACCAGAUCAAGUUAAUCAACCUACUCGGACCACAGAAUUAGAUAUUGAUGAGAUUGUAAAGCCUUUUGAAAAAGGAUCUCUCGACGAGUUGAAGGCAAUUCAAAGCGCCAUUAAUAUACAAAAGGCCGCCGCCGCCGCGGGUCGCCGCACAACAAAGAAAGCCGAGGAAGUUACUAUUAAUAGCCGGAGACGUUUCGAAAACGUGAUGCCAGUAAACGGACGUCAAUUGGAUUUUGAUAUACCACCCCACGAACCACCUCAGCCUAACGGAUCUCCUUUUAAUAUAAAUCCUCUCAGACAAGACGUUCCAGAUGAUCAAAUCAACCAAUCAUAUAAAUGGAGGUUAGCGAAGCUACCUCCACAAGAAGUUCCAAAGCACGUACGUUUUGGCGAACGCAAUACAGAUCUAAAUGUGCCAUUACUGGUCACUCCGAGAGCUGGUCCUGCGAGACCAACUAAGCCGAAAACAUUUAUGACAUCAUCCAUAACACGAACAUCAAAAGUACCAACAAGAAGUCCUGAUACUGAUUUACCGAAGUCUUUGGACGAAGAAAUGGAAUCAUUUAGGGAGAAGCCUCUGCUAGAUAGAUUCGAUGACCUCGGCAUAAAAGAAGAUGACUUUUUGAGAAAAAUGAAAAUUGCCAAUAAGAAAGCAGACGAAGAUUAUGAAGACGAGAUCAAAGGGAUACCAUUGCGAAAGAAAAGAAACAAUAAAAUUUUGGCCUCAAGCAGUUCACAAGAAAACAAAACUAUUGAAGCUAACAACCCUAAUAUAUUAAAUACGGAAUUUCAGUCUAAUAAAAAUAUUCAUAUACUUUCUAAACUAGUCACAGUUGAUAACGUGGUUGAUAUUAAAAAUACUAAGAAUAUUUAUUUAAGAAAAGAAGUUGAAGUUCCAUUAUCAAACAAAAUUCCGAGAGAUAUUUUAAUAUCAUCAGAAUCUCCUAUUAUAAAAUUGCUGCUGGCAAAAAUUUUUGCACGAGUUUAG